ACACGAUCCAUGGCGCGAUGCAACAAUCCUCUCGAUGUUGGAGUGCACGAAGUAUCUUUGACCGGAGGCCUUACAUCUCAUGGGCUUCUCAUUCUGCUGGCUACGAUCACUUCGAUGGUUGCUUGCACAGUCUCACUAUAUCUUAUCUACCAACACUUUGUCAACUAUUCUCAACCUUUGGUGCAAAAGCUUAUAAUCCGCAUCCUGUUCAUGGUUCCGAUAUACUCGAUCUGCUGCACUCUAAGUGUUGCCUUUUAUAAGCAGAAUGUCUACCUUGGCGCCAUCUACGAGUUUUACGAAUCGCUGGUCAUAGCCAGCUUUUUCCUUCUUCUGUGUCGUUACUUGGAUCCAGACCUUGACAAAGUUCGAAAUAAGUUUGCCAUACUCACGCCACAGCCAUGGCUGCAACCUGUGCGAUUUACACGGAAGUUCGUGUUUCGUAAGAAGAACGAGAGCACCACUGACGGCUCAUUGUGGUUCAGUGUUAUCUGGAUCUGCGUACUGCAAUUCUGCGUAGUGAAGUUCCUGGGCGCCCUUACCAAGGUGAUCACAGAGGCUGAAGGCGUGUAUUGCAAGGAUAAAUAUGAUGCAUCUUACGCAAGAGUAUGGGUGUUCGUUAUUGAGAUCCUCUCUCUGGUAAUAGCUAUGUUCUGCCUUCUACAAUUCUAUAAGCAAACCGAGCUCGAGCUUUCGCAUCACCAACCGCUCCUCAAGUUCAUUGCCAUCAAGUUGGUGGUGUUCCUCUUUUAUGUACAAGGUUUUGUCUUCAAUCAGUUAACCAAGGAUGGAGCAGCCAUGUCGCCCACAGACCAGAUAUCCUAUCCGUCUUUGGCUGUGGGGAUCCCCAACACGGUCUUGUGCUUCGAGAUGGCCGCUGUCGCUGUCUUGCAUCUUUACGCCUACCCAUACAGUCCCUUCGAAGCAAACAAACUUGGAGUAGACGACAACAUCGGGAUGAACUGGAAGCAGAAGGUCCGCCAUAUUGCAGACUUCACAGACAUCUGGGUAGCUAUUGUGCAAGCACCAAAAGCUUUACAGGAGCAUAAGUUGCGAGAGCAGCGGCAGCAGAGCCAAGAUGUAGGACUGCAUUUAGUCUAG